GCUUAGUCUUCUCUACUAAUUACGUCCUUUCUUUUUUGAUUGGAUGGCCAACCCAUUUCUCUCCUUGUUGCUUUCGAUCAGCUUUUGCAAUUCACUCCUUAGCUUGCUCAAGAUUUUCUUGGAGUUUCCUCUGUUUCCUCCGCCCAAGAAAAAAGUCCCAUAAUUUGUAUGCUAUAUAGACCACCUAUCACUUGCAUCCCUGCCUUUUUGCAACCAAACUGAAAAAUUUCCCUUCAUGGGUAUUUCUCAGAACCUGAUUUUGAUCGCAGUUUCAUUACUGGUUGGAGUUGCUGAAGCUUGCUCCAAUGGAGAUUGCAGGCUAUUAGAUGAAUGCUCGUCGGACCAAGAUUGUGAAGCUGGACUUUAUUGUUUCUCUUGCCCACAAGGAUUUUCAGGUUCCAGAUGUGUAAGAUCAACCGUCUCAGACCAAUUCAAGCUGCUGAAUAACUCUCUGCCAUUGAACAAAUAUGCAUUUUUGACAACCCACAAUGCAUAUGCAAUUGACGGAUAUCCAUCUCACACUGGAGCUCCGAGAUUCACUUUCACCAAUCAAGAAGACAGUGUCGCUCAACAGCUUAAUAAUGGAGCUCGAGCAUUGAUGCUUGAUACAUAUGAUUUUCGUGGAGAUGUAUGGCUGUGCCAUUCAUUUAAAGGGCAAUGUCACGACUACACUGCAUUUGGACCUGCUAUUGACACCUUAAAAGAAAUUGAAGCAUUCUUAUCAGCAAAUCCAUCAGAAAUUGUGACAAUAAUAUUAGAAGAUUAUGUUCAAGCCCCUAAUGGACUCACAAAGCUGUUCACUGAUGCUGGGUUGAUGAAAUACUGGUUCUCAGUGACAAACAUGCCCCAAAAUGGUCAAGAUUGGCCUCUAGUCAGUGACAUGGUCAAGAACAAUCAAAGGCUACUUGUGUUCACUUCAAUUCAAUCCAAGGAACAAACUGAAGGAAUUGCCUAUCAGUGGAAUUACAUGGUUGAAAAUCACUAUGGAGAAGAUGGUAUGAAGGCAGGAAGUUGUUCAAAUAGAGGAGAAUCAUCUUCUCUUGAUGACAAGACUAAAUCCUUGGUGUUAGUAAAUUAUUUUGGGACUAUUCCAUUGAAGGAUCUCUCGUGUCAUGAUAACUCAGGGGAUCUCAUUGAUAUGCUUCAUACUUGUUAUGGUGCUUCUGACAAUAGAUGGGCUAAUUUUGUUGCUGUUGACUAUUACAAGAGGAGUGAAGGAGGAGGAUCAUUCCAGGCAGUGGACACACUGAAUGGGAAGUUGUUGUGUGGGUGUGAUGAUAUCCAUGCAUGCAUGGCUGGAUCAACUUCAAGAGCUUGUUCUUCCUGAGAAAAAUAGCAAUUGGGGCAAAUGUGCAUUAGAAUUAGUAUAAAUAAAUAGUUUUGGAUAUAAUAAUUGAGAUAUUGCACCAAAUCAUAAUGACAAACUACACAAUUAACUCAA